AUGGCUCCAGCAGAGUUGAAAGAAGUAAAAGUUCAGUCGAUAGACCUUCUUGACAAGGGAUUUAUUAGACCAAGUGUGUCACCUUGGGGCGCACCGGUCUUGUUUGUCCAGAAGAAAGAUGGAUCCUUGCAUAUGUGUAUAGACUACCAUCUGUUGAAUAAGGUCACCAUUAAGAAAAAGUAUCCCUUUCCCAGAAUCGAUGACUUAUUUGAUCAACAUCAGGGGAAAGCGAAUGUAGUAGUCGAUACUCUCAGUCGGCGUUCCAUGGGAAGUUUAGCUUAUGUUGAUGCAGAUAAGAGGAUUAUAACCAAAGAAGUUCACUGUUUGUCCAGUCUUCCAGUUCGACUUUUGGACUCCGAGGAUGGCGCUGAAAAGAGGAUAUUCACAAGCAUAAACCAACGGCUUUUGAACAAGAGGGAGAUGACGAUCAUGGUGCCCAGUUCACGGCCCAUUUUUAGAAAUCCUUUCAGAAGGGAUUGGCUACUAAGUUAUCAUGUUAGCAUUGGGAUGGCAUCGUUUGAAGCUCUAUAUGGGUGA